AUGUGUAUCUGGGACCUAGCCGUCUUCCAGUGCGGCCACAACGGCGGCUUCAGCAGGAGAGACGGCGGCUGCGCGCUGCCCACAAUGGAAUGCAACAAAGAGCGAGUCAACGCCAUAAGAUAUCAUAUCCCCUGGAACUGUCCCGAUUGCGCGCAGCGCGUCAGUCGAGGCAUCCCUCUUCACCCGGAGGACCACCUGCACCCUCUCGCCCGCAGCGUUCAGCAGCCAAUGCUGCCCGUGGCGCUACCGCCCCAGGCGGUCUCUCGUCGCGGGACAGCCCGAAGGAACCCGUCACCCAUCAAUGUGAACCGACGGGACAACGUCCACGAGGACGGCUACGACUUCUCCGAGUACGCCGAGUACGCCAACUACGCGACGCUGCCGCAGAAGCGGCUGUCAAACACCAGCCCCACGAACAUCACCAAGCGGCAGAGGGUCUCGCGCUCCCAGUACUCGAGCGACACGCCCCGGAUGUUCGGCCGGCUGGGCAACAUCGCCCAGGACCUGACGGAAAUCGCCAUGCCGUCUGCCCGGGAGCGCAGGAGCGGCGGCAUUAGCUACUCCCCGACCAGCGUGCGCCUCCACGGGACCGUGCAAGACGUGUCGGAGAUCCCGCCGAGCCUGAUCCCCGGGAUCGUGAACACGUCGCCGUCCCGCCGCCGCCACGAGCGGUCCCCGCUGCUGCUAUACGACGCGGGCGUCGCGAAGCGCCGCAAGCCCAGCUACCCCCCGCCGCGCCGCAUCUCGCCCACGCAGCCCAAGGCGCCGUACGCCACGACCGAAGCUGCUUCCGCCAGCACUACGUACAGCCCAAGCACAUACAGCAAUUACGCAGUGGCCUCCCAGGCGGCGAAGCGGCAGAAGAAAGCCGCCACUCGCACCUACAAGGAGACUUACGACGACGUCGAGCGCAUGAUCCAGGACGGCCACUCUCGCGAAGAAAUCAUGGCAACAGCCAAAUUUGCCAUGUUGACUGCCAAGGACCAGGAGGAGAUCUUCUGGCCAUACAAGAACAAGCUGCAGGCAAGGGCGAACGAGAGGAAUGGCACGUUGGAGGGCAGGAGGAUGCACAAUGUGAGGCCCCGCGAGGAGGGUAAGCCCGGCGGCCGCAGGAAGAGGGAUGGCUGUGUAGUAAUGUGAACUGAAGCCAGAGAAAGGACUGUGUGGGAUGCUUAAUGUUUCGUUUGCGGAGUUUAUGUUUGCCACCUUCAUGCCAGAUUCGUGUAAUUUUCUUUGUGUGUUUUCUGUCUCGCUUGUUCAAAAAGAUACGAGAGCUACUGGAGCGAUGAUAAAUCGAU